AAUUGACAAAAAAAUAAAAUCAGGAAAAAAAAAUGGAAAAGAUUAUUGCAUUUGUUGUUCUCUUUCCAAGUCUCUUUCUAAUGCCUUCAAUGGCGGCUAACAACUACAAUGUAAUAAGGUUUGGUGCCAAACCUGACGGCGUCACCGACUCGACCCGAGCCUUCAUCGGAGCAUGGCAGGCUGCAUGCCGAUCCGCCAUGGCCGCGACGGUCACGGUUCCACGAGGCAGAUACUUGCUGAAAGCUGUUGAAUUCCGCGGUCCAUGCCGCAGCAGAAUCACGUUUCAGAUCUCGGGAACGAUCGUGGCUCCCUCGGAUUACCGCGGCCUCGGGAACUCAGGGUACUGGAUCGUGUUCGUCAAGGUUAAUCGGAUCUCCAUAGUCGGCGGGACUCUAGAUGCUCGAGGUUCCAGCUUCUGGGCUUGUCGGAAAUCUGGAAAGAAUUGUCCAGUUGGCGCUCGGUCGAUGACGUUUAACUGGGCGAAUGAUGUGGUGGUGAGUGGGUUGACGUCGAUAAACAGUCAGGCGACACAUUUGGUGAUAAAUAGCUGCAACAAUGUGAUGGUGAGGAGGAUAAAACUGGUGGCUCCCGACCAGAGUCCGAACACAGACGGUCUCCACAUCCAGGGUUCUGCCGCCAUCACCGUCACCGACAGUACGUUCCAGACCGGAGAUGACUGUAUCUCUAUCGGUCCGGGCACUCGUAAUCUCUUCAUGACCAAACUCAACUGUGGUCCCGGUCACGGUGUCAGUAUCGGGAGUUUGGGAAGAGAUGCGGAUGAGGCCGGAGUUCAGAACAUAACUCUGACAAACUCGGUGUUCUCAGGAUCCGACAACGGCGUCCGGAUCAAAACUUGGGCAAGACAGAGCAAUGGUUUCGUCCGAAACAUUCUUUUCCAGAAUCUGGUCAUGAGGAACGUUCAGUACCCUAUCAUCGUCGACCAAAACUACUGCCCCAGCAAUCAAGGUUGUCCCCAACAGGGUUCAGGAGUGAAGAUUAGUCAGGUGAUGUACAAAAACAUUCAGGGCACGUCAAGAACUCAGCAGGCUAUGAUAUUCGAUUGCAGCAGAAGGAAUCCAUGCCAGGGAAUACGAUUACAUGACAUUAAGCUUACGUUCAUGGGAAAAUCCGCAACUUCUUCGUGUAAGAACAUCGGAGGAGCUACUUCCGGUGUGGUCAUGCCUCGGGGUUGUCUCUGAUCCGAGAACACGAAUAUUAGUUGUUCUUCCGAAACGUUUCAAGAAAUAAAUAUGGCAAUCUGCAGUUUGGUGAUGAUGCCGUCGUGGAUGCACGUAUUAGAUUGCGUCCGGCUAUCGAUCGAGCGUUUCUUUGUGUUGAUGUCGAUCCUUCAAAAAAAAAAAUGCUUCCUGUUUCUCUUUGAUAUUGUUAUAUUGCAUUAAUCUCCAAUUUCGUUACUUAAUCUGUCAACCAUUUCAUGUAAAAAUACGAAUUAUGAAAAA